AUGGGAAGAUUCUUUUUACUUGAAUACAAUCAAAUCCCUUCUCAUGAGUACAUCCAUUGUGGUAUAUGCAGAACUCGAGUUGCAUUCGUUGAGGAUCACAUUGCCACUGACAUGUCAAACUCUAAGCCAAGAAGGAUCUCCAGUAAAGUGUUUAAUGUUGAAAUACCAGACGACAUGAGUUAUCACGAACAAGUAAAUGGAAAUACCCUAGUCGAUACUUACUGUGUCCGAUGUAGAAUGCUGCUCGGGUGGAAACUUAUUGCAGUUUCCCAUCCGUCCAGGCACAAGCUUAGUUACUGGAAUGAUCCACGGCACAGGCUUAGUUACUGGAAUGAUGAACAAGAUGGAGGCGCUAAUGAACAGGCUCCCAAUGAUCAAGAUGAAGGUGCUAAUGAGCAAAAUGCUGAUCAAGAACAGGUUCCUAAUGAACAGGAUUUAGCCGCUAAUGAGCAAAAUGCUGAUCAAGAUGGGGAUGCUGAUGUUAUAGAUAAUAUUGAUCUCAAUCCAGACCUAUGA